AUGGGAGUCGGGACCGAAAAUAAAACCCCCAACACCAGGAUGCCCACUGAUAGGAAAGACGGAGCUCUGAUGCCCUUAGAUCUUAUUAUGAUCCCCGAGAGCGCUGCAGAUGCAAAGGCGGAGAGACCCACAUGGAGCCGGCGGCUGGAGUUCAUCCUGGCAUCGGUGGGCUACGCGGUGGGACUGGGCAACGUCUGGAGGUUCCCCUACCUGUGCUACAGGAGCGGAGGAGGUGCCUUUAUGGUUCCCUACCUCGUCAUGCUGUUCCUGUGCGGCAUCCCUCUGCUCUUCAUGGAGUUUGCUGUUGGGCAGUACACCCGUCUGGGGCCGGUGCACGCUCUCGCCAAAGUCUGUCCCUUGUUGAAAGGUGUUGGCCUGGCCACAGUUGUUAUCUCCUUUAUGUUCUCCACUUACUACAAUGUGCUGCUGGGCUGGGCACUGUACUACCUCUUCAGUUCGUUCGGAGCAGCUCUCCCCUGGCAGUCGUGCAACAACACUUGGAAUGUCGCCGAAAACUGUUCCAGCGGUUUCCCCGGCAACACCUCCCACCUGCAGUCGGCCAGCCAGCAGUUCUUUGAUCUCAGACUUCUGGAGAAAACCGGUGGAAUUGAUGAAGCUGGUGGUCUUCGCUGGGAACUCUUAGGCGCACUCCUCUUGGCCUGGGUCAUCGUGUAUUUGUGCAUAUUUAAAGGAGUCAAGUCCACUGGCAAGGUUGUGUAUUUCACAGCAGUAUUUCCAUACGUCAUCCUGUUUGCCCUGCUUAUCAAUAAUGUGCAGCUUCCUGGAGCCAAGAAUGGCAUCCUCUUCUUCGUGACACCCGUCUGGAGUAAACUUUUUGAAGUUAAGAUUUGGGUUAAUGCUGCUGCCCAAGUGUUCAACUCCAUUGGAAUAGGAUUUGGCUCCAUGAUUUCGAUGGCUAGUUACAACAAGUUCAACAACAACAUUCUCAGGGAUACUUUGAUUGUAUCUCUAACUAACUCCUUCACGAGCAUCCUUGCUGGCUUUGUGAUCUUCUCAGCGAUUGGUUACAUGGCUCAUGUCCAUAACCUUCCAGUGGAUAACAUCGCUACAGAUGGCCCUGGUUUGGUGUUUGUUGUGUACCCCGAGGUCCUCUCCACCAUGCCCGUCUAUCAGCUGUGGACCCCCCUGUUCUUCUUCAUGCUUUUGUGCUUGGGGCUGGACAGCCAGUUUGCCAAUGUAGAGGUGGCAGUGACAUUCAUCAAAGAUGGGUUUGGCCCCAAGGUUUUGCGUUUCCUGAGGAAAGAAGAGCUGCUGGUCCUGGCUGUGUGUGUGGUUGGCUUUCUGCUGGGGAUUCCACACAUUACCAAGGGUGGUGUCUACGUGUUCCAGCUGAUGGACCAUUACACUGCUGUGGUUUCUCUCAUGUUCCUGGCUUUCUUUGAAGUCCUAGCCAUCUGUUGGAUCUUUGGUCUCAAGCGCAUCUCUAUUAUGACAAAGAAGAUGCUUGGAAAACCUGCGAACAUCUACUUCCGUGUCUGUUGGCUGGUCUGCGCCCCCAUGCUGGUGCUGUGCAUACUGAUCUCCAGUGUCAUCCAGUACACUCCUGCUCACUAUGGAGACUACACGUACCCAGUCUGGGCAGAGGUGGUGGGCUGGGGCAUCUCACUGGUCUCUAUUGUGUGGAUCCCACUUGGAGCCAUUCAGGAGAUUUAUAACAACAAAGGCUCGCUUCUUCAGAGAGUCAAAACAGCUGUGACACCCACAUUAGACCUGGAUGUCAAGGAUCAUCUGCCAGAGAAACAGAAAAUAAACAAUCCAGAGUUUGAAGCCUUGUUUACUUCAGCGGCAUGACGUAACCCGCUGUAUGUAUCGUAGUAACAAUGCAGGAUUUGGGGUUUUGUAAUGUGCAAUGGAUUUUGAUUGGGUUUUGUUUUUUCAAGAUUAUUUUUGGGGGUAUUUUUGAUUUUUUGUUAGACAUUCACAUUGGGGAGAGUUCAGUGUGCAUUUAUGGUACUUUUAAGUACUGGGCCCCUGACUCAAGGUCCAUAUUGUUCCUGGGCAUUUGAAUGUACCCUGGAUCUUGAAACUACACUUAAAUGAAAAUCAUAGGUUAGGUUUUGUCAGUUAACUGAAUCGUUUAAUUCAGGGAUUGGCAGUCAUGUGCUACAUAUUUUACUGACAAUAUGCACGGGUUUUCAUUCCCACCAAAGACUGCACAAAGAGAUUUCAUUCGUUUGUUGAGGUUUUGCUCAUCAGUGAAAUCACCUGUUCUGGUCUCUACUAGGAAUGAAAACGUUCAGCACUUUGUUGCACAUGAUUGCCCAUACGUUUAACUGAUCAGCGUUAAGUCAUGAUGACAGCUCCUGUUUAAAUUCCACUCUUCCUCCUUCACUGAAUUGAAAACUGCAGUGCAGUGGGUGGAGAGGGAGAGGCAGAGGGAGUGAUGACUGCCUAUCAAAUCAAUCAAAUUACAUAGUAGUGAACUAUAGUAGUAAAGUAUAACUCUAUGAACCAUUCAGUAGUAUUCAACUGCUUUUGCUUUUUCACUGCGGAAGAGAAUAAUUGUUGAUUUAGCACAUGUGCACAGUGCAAGUUCAACAUAUGCACUUAAAACAUCAGUUCACACGUUAGAAAGAUGUUUUAUUGUUUAUGAUCUCUUUAAAGAAAUCCCCUACUUUACUGUACCACACAUGAGUGUGUGCAAAAUAGUAUCUUCAAAUUGUUUGUUUAUCAAAAUUAUGUUUCCAAAAUAUAUAUGUUACUACAGCAAAAAUACCAAAAAUAUAAUUAUAAUUUAACUAAAUGAAUAGCUAACACAGACACAGCACAGCCCAGGCCAUCAUACUUAAAAUAACUUGUGUGUUUCUGUUUGUUUGCAUUCAGAUGUGUCAUAGUUUAAGGAUUUACAUGACUUUCAGUGCCUGCACACGUUCAUCAAAUGCAAAACCUUGAACGCUCAAAAGCAUGUG